CUUCCCAAAACCCACAUUCACACCUCGUCCUCCUUGUCCUCGCAUAUGGCCUCGGCCGAAUGGACCUGCGCCACAUGCACCCUCGCCAACCCGCCAAGCUCGGCGGUGUGCACCACAUGCUUUGCCCUCCGCCCGGUCACUCCAGGCACGGUGCUCUCAGCGCUAUCAAGCCCGGCUCGGCCAGGGUCAUCGCCGCUGGGCAGAGGCUGUGAUCUGGCUGCUAUCCCACACCAGGGCGAGGAGAGGCUGCCGCCGCACUCGCCGCGACCGCUGCCAUCGCCGCGCCUCCCGCCGCGGCCGAGGGACACCGCGCUACCGGCUCUGGCGGAUGCGCUCAGGGCCCUGUCGCUGGAUGCCGGCACCAGUGCUGGCUCAUCGUCGUCGGGGAUGCACGGCAUGGCUGUUCCGAUGUCCUCGCCCACCACUACCGAUCCGCCGCUAAUGGUCUCGCUCUCGCGAGGUGGUUCCGUCGACGUCGUCGAUCCGUGGGCCUGCCACAUCUGUACCUUCUCCGGCAACGCGCAGGGCGCGUUGGCGUGUGAAGUGUGCGCCGCGCCACGACCGGCUCGUGCACCGCACCGAGGCGCGGUUCGCGAUGGCGUCUGGGCCUGCCCAGCCUGCCAGGCUCGCAACGAAGGCGCCGCUGUCUUUUGCACCGUCUGCCACUUUCCCGACAACAUUGUUGUCCUCGACAACGCGCGCUCGCCGCGGCACCAGGUGCUCGCACCGCCACCAGAUGCGCUUGAGGCCGACAUCAUGGGCGCAUACCCACUGCCGCACGGCGCGGGCGUCAUCUUUCGGGUCUGGGCUCCGUCGGCCUCGCGCGUCUGCGUCGCCGGUGUCUUUAACAACUGGUCGCCCACCAUGCACGUCCUCGAGGCCGAGGCCGACUGCGAGCACUUUUCGGGCGUUGUGCCAUCAGCAGCCGUUGGCGAUGCUUACAAGUACGUGGUCUUUGCCCACGACGCCUCGGGCGCCGAAGUCCCGCUCUGGCGCAACGACCCGUGCGGCCGCUGGCUCUGCGUCCUCCCGGCAGCUGGCGCGAGCGAGAGCGACGCGCCCGAGCCGGGGGUCGCUCCGCCGCAUGUCGGAAUUCGCCAUGAUCUUGUCUACGACUCCGCGGCGUUUACCUGGACCGACAGCGACUUUGUCCGCCCGCCGUACAACGAGCUUGUGCUGUACGAGCUCCACAUCGGCGGCUUUACCCCACACGGAACCUGGCUUGCCGCCAUCGAUCGGCUCCCGUACCUUGUCUCGCUUGGCAUUAAUGCCAUCCAGCUGCUACCUCCUACGCAGGACGCGCACACCAUUUGCUGGGGCUACGACCCGGUCUCACUCUACUCGCCGCAUGACUCGUUUGGCACGCCCGACGAGAUGAAGUCUUUUGUCGACGCCGCGCACGCCCACGGGCUUGCAGUCAUCCUUGACUGGGUCCCCAACCACCUUUCUGUCCGCUCCGUGGUCCGCUCGUUUGAUACCGCCGACGCUGCGUCGGCUGGUCCAUACAUCUACGCCGAACCGGAGCUUCGGUCGACGCCGUACGGUCCACGGCCGAACCUUGCGUCGCAGCACGUCCAGGCCUGGCUCAUCCGCUCGGCGCUGAUGUGGCUCGAUGAGUACCAUCUCGACGGCAUCCGAGUCGACUCGACAGGCACACUCCGCCGCAGCGAGCCGGCUUUGCACGCCGGCGCUUCGGCCCGGGGCGCUGCCGCCGACCUGGUGGAGGCCUGGGAGUUUAUGCAGGAGCUGACGUCCAUUGUCCGUGCCCGCUUUCCGGACCGACUCCUCAUCGCUGAGGAUCUCAACUCGGAGCCGCUGCUCACCUACGGUGGCGCUGGCUUUGAUACCCAGUGGGACCCUGUGUUCUGCUCGAUGGUAGCGCACCAAAUGACGCUCGCCUCGGAUGCGCUGCGGUCAAUGGAUGCCAUCGCAUCGGCUAUCGGCCGUGUGGCCGGCGGCGGAGCGCCGUCGUCACGGCUCAUCUACACCGAGUCGCACGACACCAUUCCAGCCGAUCGCGAGUCGCGCCUCCCACACGCCAUUCAGCACGGCGGCGAGUCGUUUUUCGCCCUACGUCGCACCCUCCUCGCCGCCGUCCUCCUCCUCACGUCGCCGGGAAUUCCCAUGAUUUGCGCUGGCCAGGAAGUCCUCGAGAACCAUGCGCCGCCGUGGCCGACUCCGCUGUAUCUCGACUGGUCCCGGCUUGAGGCCGCUUCUAGCGACGAGGCUCUGGCGCGGACCCUCUGCACCCUUCAUACCUUCCAGACGCUCAUCAGCCUCCGGCGCAACGUCCACGGCUGUACCGGUGGUCUCACUGCCGAUUCCGUCCGGGUCUUCCACACCAACGACGCUGCCAACGUUGUUGCCUAUCACCGCUUCCACCGCGGUGGGCGUGGAGACGACGUUGUCGUCAUCUGCAACGUCUCCAACACGCCAUACGCCGAGUACGCCAUCGGCGUUCCGCGCUCAGGCGUCUGGCAUGUCCGCCUCAGGUUUGAAGACGAGCCCGACAGCGUUUCUCGCCUCGUUGCCGCCCGCGGAGCCUAUGACCUCUUCCCGUUCUCACUCACCCUCUCUCUCCCGCCGUACUCGGCGCUUAUAUUGUCUCAAGACCCGCUGUGACACGCUUGGUCUGCGUCUCACUUCCGGUGGUGUCUAUGACAACGCUUGACUUGGCCCGCUUGUGCCGUGGAAGGUCAUCGUCUGUGGACUCACGGCGGCGCUUGUUGCUGCCAGCCAAUGUAGCCCGGGUCCGGUGGAGGAACAGCCGUGCUACGGGCGACGCGCCUGCCACAGCGAGCAGGCUCUGCAGUAAGGCAGCGGGCUCGUCUACAGCGGCAAGCUCGGCGUCCAGCACCGCCCACAUUCGCGCCUGGGUCUCCUCCUCCCAAUUGAGGCUCGCAUCAAAGACAGGCUCGCUGCCGUGGAUCGGCGCUGCCAGCAGUGUUGCACCUGUGCUUGCGCGAAGCUCAGCAAAGUUGGCCAGCAUGGCAUAUCCCGC